AUGAAACGGAAGACCCACGAGAUAGGUACACUCGGACCGACUCCACCACCCGAACACACCACUACCCUGGUGGUAUAUGAUAUAAACGGGACACCACAACCCUGACCUUCACCUGCGUAGACACAGACUACCGAGGGGACCACUGCCUUGCUGCCCUAGCUCACGCUAAGCGGCGGUUUGGCAUUGCCAUCCAACUCGGUUACACAGGUACCUAUCCCUACAGGGACUGACAUCCCAAACACCCAAGAAACAACAUAGACUACAGUGCAUAAGCCCAUAACAGGCACCAACUAACUACACGACUCACGAGAGACCCCCAGACCACGGGGGACGGAGGCGGCGGGCGCGGGACGCCGAGGUGAUCCUCUCUACAACCCCACCAAACCCUAAAACUCUCUCCACACACCCAUCCCCGCCCUUAACCCAUUCCUGGGCCCCCAUUCCCCACCCCUACAGAAUACCACAACCGCACCAUUCCACAUAAUCACACAAAACUGCAGAGGCCUGAACGCCCCUGAAAAAAGGUCUCACCUUCUACAAGACUUGAAACACCGCCGAGUUUCGAUUGCCCUCCUACAAGAAACGCAUCUCAGAGAAGCAGACACCCAUAGAAUACAAAACAAGCACUAUACUACCACCUACCAUAGCAGCCACCAAACCACCCGAAAAGCUGGAGUCUCGAUUCUCCUAAGCACCAAUCUACAAUUCACUCACUCCGAAACGCUCAAAGACACAGACGGGAGAUACAUAUUCGUGAAGGGAACAAUCGCCCAGAGAACCUAUACGUUCGCCUCAGUUUAUGCCCCAAACACAAACCAGGUUAAGUUCCUGCGCAGAACGCUCCUGAAACUAGCAACUUUCACGGAAGGCAUCCUUAUUCUCGGUGGAGACCUCAACCUACCUCUGGACCCUAUAGCAGACACCUCCACUGGACACAGCACAAUAGCACAAACGGCAAUCAGAAGACUCCGCAGAACGCUACACGACUUGAGACUGGUGGAUACUUGGCGAGCACUCCACCCAGACAGCCGAAACUACAUACACUACUCGACCCUACACAAACGGUACUCGCGCAUUGACUACAUCUUCAUCCAACAAGAAGGACUCACACAUCUACAAAAAGCCGACAUUAAACCGACCCCGUGGGCGGACCACAACCGAAACCUCUAUACACCUAGACUCUCCCAUCUUCAAGCCCACUAG